AUGACUUUCUUAUUGCACCACCCCGCGAUCGUCGAUGACGCUGAGGUUUCGCAUUGUUAAGCUGAGAUUAAGGAUCUGAUGUUAUAUACUUUUCAAUCGUAGAGAUUGAAGAUAACAUUUUCUCUGUGUUUUAGCUUGAGUCGUUGGGGAGCAAUGAUGAAGUUGAAAGAAAUAUCAGCUAGCAUUUUGGUGCUUUUUUUUCACGGGUGCAUAAUUGCAUCGGCGGCCCGUGACGUCCAAUCCAGCCAGAGGAGGUGGCUAGCUGAUAACCAUGUCCCCGAUGAGACAUCUGCAGGUAUUAGGAUGUCUGCACAAGCCCAGCAUAGUAAACCAAACAUUGUAUUCAUUCUUACAGAUGAUCAAGACGUGACUAUGGAUGCAAUAAGUCCCAUGACGAAUACACUGAACAUGCUGGGGAAACAAGGAAUGACCUUCACCAACAUGUUUACAAGUAGCCCUCUAUGUUGCCCUAGUAGAUCCAGCAUCCUCACAGGCAACUACAUUCACAACCAUGGGGCUAUGAACAAUUCUAUCCAAGGAAAUUGCAGCAGUGUUGCCUGGCAACAGGGACCAGAGAAGAAAACGUUUGCCACAUACCUAAAUAAGGCUGGAUAUAGAACAUUCUUUGCUGGAAAGUACUUGAAUCAGUAUGGACAAAAAGAAGUUGGUGGCUUAGCACACAUUCCUCCUGGUUGGGAUGACUGGAUCGCACUGAAACUCAAUUCCGUAUACUACAAUUACUCGCUCUCUGUGAAUGGCAAGGAAGAGGUACAUGGAGAUGAUUACCAUAAAGAUUAUCUCACAGAUCUAAUCAACAAUAGAUCUAUGGAGUUCCUGCAGAAGCAGUCGGUAUCGAGUCCUUUCUUCAUGAUGAUGUCGACGCCCGCCUGCCAUUCACCUUUUGACUCCGCCCCUCAGUACAUGUCACACUUCACAGAUAAGAAGGCACCAAGGGGACCUAGCUUCAAUGUUCAUUCGGCUGACAAGCACUGGCUAAUAAGGAGAGCUGCAAACCCAAUGUCCAAUGCAUCUAUCACCUAUUUAGAUGACUCUUUCAGAAAAAGGUGGAGGACUCUUCUCUCUGUAGAUGACAUGGUGAAGAACCUUGUAACGCUGCUUACAACAAAAAAGAUGAUUGAUAAUACUUAUAUCAUCUUCUCCUCAGACAAUGGCUUCCAUCUAGGUCAGUUUUCACUUCCCAAUGAUAAGCGGCAGCUGUAUGAAUUUGACAUCAGAGUUCCUCUCAUCAUCAGAGGCCCAGGUAUCUCUCCUGGAACGACUAGCAAGCAGAUUGCUGUCAACAUUGAUAUCAUGCCUACCAUUGUUGAGAUGGCAACGGGAAGUGCGCCCUCUGAAGUUGACGGGAUCAGUCUCAUGCCACUCCUCAUAGCUAGGAAUGAGAGCAUGGCGUGGCGGGAGACAGUCCUGAUUGAGCACAGAGGAGAGGGCAAUACGACCAAUAACCCUGGCUGUAAAGACACAGUCAAUCUCUGUAUUCCCCCAAAUACCACAAAUGAAAUCACCACUGUUCCAUGGAGGCAAGAAAUCUUAAUCGAGCAUACUGGGGAAUGGAAGGCAACAGGUUAUCGUGGAUGUCCGCACACAGAGUUUCUCGAUACUUGCUACCCAUCUUGUGUUUGUGAAGACAGUCGAAACAACUCCUAUACAUGUCUGAGAAGCAUAGAUGAAGAGAACAGUACAAUUUACUGUGAAUUCAGUGAUACACAGAACUUCCAAGAAUUCUACAAUGUCACAGCAGAUCCACAUCAGCUGACAAACACCAUACACAAGCUGGAUCCCAAGUUCAUCACCUCCCAGAACGAGAAGCUAAUUGUACUGAGUAUGUGCAAAGGUCCAUCGUGCAGGCAGCUUAUACCACCACCACCAUCACCAAGUUCAAAACAUGGCAAUUCAAUCGAUGGAGCUUAAAAGGCCUGGUCAAAUCUCAACAAUAAUGAUAACGAUAAAUUGCUCCCAAAACGCUGUUGUCCUCUUGGAAAAAGCAUUGAAAAUCAUUGUUGUCGGUCAGAUUUCAACAAUUUAUGCUGAUGCUCCUCCUUUCAAUGAUUUGAUUGUCUUGUAGGGAUAGCUGGGCAAGGGAUUCUUUUAGGACAAGCCUCAAUGAUUUGAUUUGACAUCAAUUUUGAAGAAAAGAUGGGGCAAUGUCCAUAGGAUUUGAUUCACAGAACCAAAUUCUAUCGUCAUUCAAAUUAUUGAGGCAUGACCACUUUUAUGGUUAUCAUUAUCGUUAAGUUGAAUAGGCAAAUAGCAUAUGAUUAUUGCUAUUGUUGCAUUGUUGUGGCUAGUGAUGUAUUAAUUGAUACAGUCAAAACUGGAUAGAAAGGCUGUCUAAGGAAGACACUAAAAUGGUCUUUAUGGUAGGUAGUCUUUCAGUAUGUUCCUGUAAAACAGGUUUCAAUGAAAAUUACUGUUUGAAGGUGAAUUAAAAUGCAGCCUUUCUUGUGUGAAUGUCUUUAUGAUCAAGGCAUAUUGUGAAGUUUGCGCUGUUUAUUAUGUUCCGGCUCCUUUUGAAUCAUGAUUAUAUGUGAUUCAUCAAAAUUAAUGUAACUCUGCAAAGUAUUAGAAUGACUGAAAGGUUGCUUUAUAUUAAUGAAAAUGAAGGAGAUAUUUACUUGUAUUUAUAAAGAAGAAAAAAAGCUACACUCAUCUUAUAGCCAUUGCUAUUCCUGUAAAAACACUAAAAUAUUUUGCUGCAUUUCAUUUUCUUGAGUAUUUUGUUAUGAACAAAUGAUGCAAUCAUUACAAAUUUUGUGUUUUUACUGGUAUGUAAGGCAUUGCAGAUUGGGGUAUAAGAUAAAUUCAAAAUUAUUUUCAGCUUAAUGAAAGAUGUAAUGAUUAUGUGCAAACAAUGAGCAAUAUUAUACUUGAUAUAUUAUAAUUUGUUUUGUAUAUUGAUAUGCAUGAGUAAGCAAUAUAACAACUUAUUUUUUCAUGGUUAGUUGGGUACGGAAGUUUUUUUUUCUUCAUACCGCGUAUCCAAGCAACCGUGCACAUACCCAUUGUCUCAUUUGCUUAGCCACAUGCAUUUGACAUGGAAAGAUACGUGACUCAAAUUAAGAGGAAUGACUCCAAAAAAGAAAGGAAUAAGAUCACAAAACACCUUUCAUUACAUAAAGCAAAUAUCAAAUUCUUAUCGUCGUUCCAUAUGACAUAAAUAUAUUCUGUUCAAAUUCAGAAUUCCCUGGUCCUAUUUAUAGCUUGGCUUCGGCUUGUGUUCUUCGUUGAACUAUAACAUCAUAUCGGAAAUUCUGAAUUUGUCAGUUCAUAUGUUUCUCUGAAUUCCGGAGCAUUCAAUAAUUGUAUUAUACAUGCAUGUAAUUAUAUUUCAAGGUGAUAACAAGAAAGGAAUGAAUGUAAUCAAAUAAUCAAUCGUUUGGUAUAUUAUGAGGUUGAGACAUUAAAUCUCAUGUUACUCAGCAUUUGCAGUGCAUUUCUAUUCCAAUGUGAGUCAGUGUGACAUUAAUGUAUCAUUAAAUCAUUAAAUCAUUAACAGGUAUUUUAACUGAAAAUUCGGGCAGUUUGUCAUGUUAGUAUAAAUUAUCAUGUACACUGCUGUUCAUGUACACUGUUGUUGUAUGUAGUAUAGCCGAAUGAACUUUAUAUCUGCUUUUAUGUUUAUUUUCUAGAGGCUUUAUUAUGUUCUUUUCCUUGAAUGUCCUAAGCAGCUACCGUAUACUUUUAAAAGAUGCACAUAAAUGUAUCAUAUUCUACAGUUGAUGUGUUAACAGUAUAUCUCUGCACAGGUCAAAUCUGUUGGGACUGGACAAAAAUAGUUUGACUUAAUCAUGCAAAAUUUGACUUAGGAAGUGUAAAUAGCACAUGAUCUGUAAAGUUUGGUUGACUUACCAGUAGGUAAAAUGUUCAUAGAAUAUAACAAACGUAACUAGGUACAUCACAACAAAAUAGAUUGUAAACUUAUUAUUAUUAUUUGUUUACAUUUUACUCAAAGAAAGCUCUUUUCUUAUUUCUCAUGGAAGGAAAAGUUCCCUAGUUCAAUCCCCAGAUAGGCCCCCAAUUUUAAGGUUAGGGUGGUUUAAAAUCAUGUUGAAUCAUCUACCCCCUACCUUAAACAUUAUUGUAAUUUAAUUUAAUUGUUAUUUGUCAUACUUAUCAUUUACUUAGUUAUUCCUAUUUUCAUUUUAUUUUAUUAUAAUUUUUUUUUGGGGGUGGGUAUAUUUUUUUUUUAAGCAGAGAGGUUAUAAUAAAUUCAUUUUUUGAUUGAUUUUAUUGUCUAUGGUUUAAAUGUAUGUUUUAACUUGACUAUUGGAGAAAACAAUUGAUUAAGGUUAGAGGAGAUUUAUGGAGUGAAAUUCACGGAACCAUUCACUAUCGAAUGAUGUUAAGUGCCCUCAAAUUCUUGUCAUAUAUCUGUCACAUCAUUGUGCAUCAAACACAACUUUAUUUAUAAUUUUUUAGUGAUUAGUUUGCCAAUAUGUAUAUAUUAGGUGCUUAGAGGUUAUGAACCUCUGAGAUUUAACAAUAUAUAUAGUAACCAAUUGUAACAAAAUGUAAAAAGUGUGAUGGCUUGUAAAAUAUCUAUCAUCGUUAUUGUAUAAGCAAGUUCUGUAAUACAAUGUGUUUACAGUACAGUGGUAGCCGCACCAGGGAAAUUAGUAAUUUCACCAGCUUUCCAAAACUCUUCAGGAAAUAUAUAUGUUUUCUGUCAACUAUCAAAAACUAUCGGGUGGGGGUUGAAUAUUAUUACCGAUCACCUGUUGUAUGUUUUUAUUUUCCUUUAGAAUACAUAACUUCAAUGAUGCUUGUACAUUAGCUGACUAGAGGGUAGUGUCUCCCUUGUGCCGCCACUGUAUAUGUCACUCACAUUUGCAAUUUUUCUCUUUGUAUUUGUGAUGCAAACAUUAUAUAUUGUGUUCUGUGCCUAAACAAAGUUUAAGGUAUUGUACUUGUUAGUCAUAGAGAACUUGCACUCUCACUGCUCAGCAAAAUUAUUUUGAUAAUUCAUGAAUUUAUUAUUUUUGUAGAUUAGGACCCUGUCCUAUAAUAAUAAUAAUAAUAAUAGUGGGUUCUUGUAUAGCGCUCAUGCCAGUCAGAUUUAACCCUCCUGAGUUGUGAUUGAUCUGGAUUCAGUGAUGGCUACUUUGGCUUUUCCUCAAAUCAAUCUCAAACUCUUCUGUCUUAAUAGUGGAGAGUUGCAGUUGAUAUCAAGUUGUGAACAAUUUAAUUUAUAAGACAGGGCCGAGAUGUAUCAGAUUUAUUUAGACAUUCUAUGUCAGUUCCUGUCUCUAAAAUCGUUCAUGUUUAGUACUUGUCAAAAUGAUUUUCGAAUGUACACCAUUAAAUGCAAACCUAUUUUGAAUGGA